AUGGCAGCCACUUCUCACAUCCCGAUCAUUGAUCUUUCGGGGGAUCAGGCGGAUGUGGCCCGUCAGUUGGUGAAGGCUGCUGAAGAACAUGGGUUCAUCUACAUCCGAAAUCUAGGGAAAGACUUCACACCCUUAGACAUUGACGAGGCGUUCUAUAUGUCCCAAAAGAUCUUCGAUGCCCCGCUAGAAGAGAAGAAGAGGUGCUCCAUUCAGACCAACAACAGGGGCUGGACUGGUAUGCAUUCAGAGACCCUCGACCCUAAGACACAGCAGGUUGGGGACUAUAAAGAAGCAUUCAACUUCGGCCCUUUCAUCAGAGGCAGAGCGCAGCAGCCGAUCCCGGAUAGCGUGUCUCAGUACGAAAUCCGUUUUAAUGACUUUGCCGAUUCGUGCCAUGCGCUCUGCCGGAAGAUCCUCUAUUUGUUAGGUCUUGGUCUUGGGGUGGGAGACUUCUUCUCCUCCGCGCACAUCAUACCCGAAGAGCUGAUGGAGUCGUCUCAUUCCAUCCUGCGCUUCUUGCGCUACCCGCCUCCUUCUUCCACUCCUCACUCCAGUGAUGAUGUUCGCGCGGGUGCCCAUUCAGACUACGGCUCUGUGACCCUGCUCUUCCGGCUCAAAGGGCAGGCGGGACUUGAAAUUCUCAAGAAUGACAACACUUGGGCUCCUGUCCCGGUGUGCCCUGCAGGCACCGAAAAUGACCCAAGUCCGCCAAUUUUGAUCAACAUUGGUGAUCUGUUGUCUUACUGGACCAAUGGACUCUUCCGGAGCACGGUCCACAGGGUCGUCUUCACCCCGGAGCAAGGAGACAACAGAGUCUCCGGCGAAUCUAGCGAUGGCCCGAGAUAUUCGAUUGCAUUCUUCUGCCAUCCAGAAGGUUCAACGAAGUUAGAGCCCGUGCCGAGCGACAAAGUCAAGAACUUCAGAGCGACGGGCGACGCAGUUGAGGCUAACCCCUAUUCUAAAAGGAAGACCAUGACGGCCGGCGAGCAUUUGGACAUGAGGCUUAGGGCCACAUAUGGGAAUCUGUAUGAUGAGAAGAAAUGA